ACUGAUAAUCACCACUUACACCACUCAUUAGCUUGAACUGUGUAGCUUUACCUGUGUCAUAUAAAUCAUGGAGAUAUUACAGGAUCCAGUGAUGCAGCAAUUCAUAAAGGGAGAACAACAAAGACAAAAAUUUCAAGCGACGGUCCAGCAGCUGACAGAGGAAUGUUUUGACUAUUGUGUCACUUCUCCAGGAAACAAACUUGGUUCUUCCGCUGAACAGUGCAUCAAAAACUGUGUUGACAGAUUCAUCGACACCACAAACUUUGUUGCUAAUCGUGUACAAAGAUCUGCCAUGUCUCAUUCUGGUACCUCUUCGGGCUUUGAUUAAAUUUUCAAAUGACA